GGGAGCCUACCUAAUGUGACGGAUCGUCGACUCGCAUAAAAUAAUUAUUACCAUAGACGUUGAUAUUCAAGAUGAAGAGUUUCGGUGUUCUGUCCGCCCUGGCUUUUGCCAGCAUUUCAGUUGCUCAGACCCCGUCGGGCUUCGCUCCGGUCGUAGAGCAAAAGCUCGAGGUCACAUUCGGGACCAAGUCUGUGACGCCUGGUCUAGCACUGGCGAAAACCGAAACCUCGAGGCAGCCGACUAUUGGUCUGGGAAUUCCUGCUAACGGUACCUAUCUGUGGAUGCUGAUCGACCUCGAUGCAUCAACCAACUUCAUAAACCCCGGCCAGGGCCAACCAGCUACAUAUCUUCACACCGUGAUCCGAGACUUCAAGGCCAGCGGCAGUGCAUCAGUCGACGGCGUCAGCACGCUUACGUCCACGGCCAACGGCCCCGUGGCAUGGUUUGCCCCGGCACCUCAGCCGGAGAACCCCCCUCACCCGCACCGAUACACGAACCUACUUUGGGAGCAGCCGGAGAACUGGCAGGUCCCCGCGGCCGCGAGUCAGAUGCUCCAGAGCCAGAAGACUGGCUUUAGCGUUCCCAAGUUCAUCACGGCUGCCGGACUAAAGGACCCUAUUGCCGCGAACUACUUCAACGUUACGGGUUAAGUGGGAAGCAUAUAUGAGAAAAGAGGGUAGCCUACGGAAACGUGAAUGUAUAUAUGAAGAUAACCUUGAUGUGCAUUGCCAGAGACGGCUUUGCGUUCGCUCCGUGUCGAAAACAUCUAAGACUCCA